AUGCAUUCAAAGUGGAAGAUACAAAAAUACUACCCGGAGAUCAACGAUACCAUCCUGAAAGCUUUUUAUGGAUCUGCUGACAAACACCUAAACUGGCAUAAGAAAGAAUGGGAGAGAUUCAAUCAAAUAGAUCUUGAUGAGUUUUUGUCAAAAACGCAGCCAGACAUUGAGAUCAAGCACUGUCUUUUCGACAGCUUGAAUUGUGACCACAUUUGGAAAACAAAGAAGACUAAGCUCGGGCGUUGCCUCGAAUUCGACCUUUAUCAAGAAGUUGACAAUGGACAUUUUCUUCAUCUUUCGAGAAUCGAUUUAAAUUCUUCCGAACACAACUUGGGCUUUGUGGCAGGAAUGAACAAGUCCGACGAAACGUAUGGCUGGAGCACCGUACCGAAAGUGCGAAAAAUCCCAUCUGGCCGGGCAAUAUUCUAUCUACAACUCUUCCGAUAUCUACAAAAAGCAACUUGCGAAAUGGAACUCCUUAUCAGUCAAAUAAUCGCGCUCUGCAAUUGCCAACCAAACUAUCUUCAUAAUUUUCCUAAAGAGAAAUUCGGAGAAAACAUCAAGCUCUGCACGUUUUAUGACAACGUAAAAUGCGUCGCGCACGUGAUUGAGCGAAAAGGAUUGACAAAAAACGUCAAGGGCUGUUCGCCUGCUUGCCAGAGCUACGAAUUCAACCAAGACAAGAUUCAAUAUCGAGUGCCGCCAAAUACAAGCAACGAUCCCAAUAAAUAUUUCAUGACGGCGGUUUUACGAACGACUGAAGAAAGAGUAACUGUCGUGGAGGAACAGAAGCAGUACUCCUUGAACGAGCUCUUUGCGGAUAUUGGUGGAUCCUUAGGACUGAUUCUAGGGCUGAGCGCCGUGAAAAUUUUGCAAAUGUGGUUCAGUUUUGUCUCAAGAACAAAAAAAUUUCUCCAUGAUCAACACAUAAAACGAUGCAAAGCCACUGUUCAUCAACGAUUUCUCGAUUGCAAAUUCAAAUAUACGAGCAGACGAGGGUAUAUGAAGUUUUGGGGACGAAAAAGCGGCAGCGAUAUACGAAAAAGUGGCGGUAACUAUCCUAGCCUUGCUGGAUCUCCAAUUAGGGAGAAUUAUCAACUCAAACAAACCCGACUUCAGCCAUUGGAUGUUCUCAACAUCUAA